UGCCCAACCCCCACAUAGCACAAGUAACCGCCCUUCUUCAUUCCCUUCAACCGACCAUGAUAACACCCCCUAAAGGCACGUAUUAGCGCUAUGCUUCAUGGGACUUGUAGUCUCUUUCCCGCAGCGCAUGACUGACAUUCUCUCAAGAUUAAACUACAAUCCCCAUAGUAACGCGCGUGCUCCGACGGUUAACGUCCAAUCUGAAUAUGUGGGCGGGGAGCAUCCGCCCACAAAAGCAACAAAAUACAAUUGUGCUUGAGCGAGAAAGCAAGAAGCAUAUGUAACAUUGAAAGAAAAACCGAGAUUAUAACGAUAUAUUGGUAGAAAUAAUAAAAAAUAUUAGAAUACGUAUAUGAAAAGGCGAGGGGAAAAAAAGAAACAAGCAGAAGAGAGGAUUUUUUCCCGACUUGAUAUUUAAAUAAAAGUGGGAGGAGCUUAGUGUAGACACACACUCACACACACACGUAGAGCGUUAAGUUGGAUUUGGAUUUGGAUGCGUUUCGGUGGAAAUCCGUUUUAUUCUCAGCAAAAUCACAAGUUGGAGGAAAUAAAAGAGUGAAGAUCAAAAGAAAGAAGUCAUGGCGACAGACGGGGGGAAAUCAGGUGGUGGUGAAAAGGGCAAUAAAGGAAAAACGUCAUCACAGGAUGCACAGCCAUCUCCUCUCGCUCUGCUUGCAGCCACAUGCAGUAAAAUAGGCGGCGUGGGCGGGGAGGGGCAGGCCGGCGUGCAGCAGCAGAUCAUCAUCGACCCCAGCCAAGGGUUAGUGCAGCUCCAGAACGCCCCACAGCAGCUGGAGCUUCUCCCGGCUCAGUUCACAGGAAACGGUUGGCAGAUCAUCGCCGCUUCACCUGCCACAGCUACUACAACCAAGGACAACACACAGGCUCCUGGCGUGGCCACCAUAGCAACCGGGACCAGCAUGGUCCCUGUUGACGCGACGCCCGGACGAAAGGUUAAAUCGGCCGGUGUGAACAAUGCAUCGGUCGCACAACAACAACAGCAGCAAUUUCAGAUCAUCCAGGUCCAAAACAUGCCUAAUUCCACAGGAGGGAUCCAGUAUCAGGUCAUCCCACACUUACAGACCGCUGACGGUCAGCAGAUCCAGAUAAACCCCAGCAACCCAACCACUUUAAGCGUCCAGCCUGAGCAGAUUCAACUCAUUAACAACCAAACCAUUCUGGCCACACCUCCAAGAGCCACGUCAGCCAGUGUAGUUUCCCAAAAUGUCACAAAUCAGGCCAUCCCUGUGCAGAUUCGCCCAUCAUUUCCACUCCAGCUGCAGACCAUUCAGGGCACACAAGCCCCCAUGGUCACUACAAUACCCAUAAAUAUUGGCGGCGUCACUUUGGCUCUGCCCGUCAUCAACAACAUGGCCGCAGGAGGAGGAUCGGUGCAGCUGCUGCAGUCAGGUGACCUGAACGUAGCGAAUGGCAGCCAGUUGAUCACGACCAGCGUGGAAUCUACAUCCGGGACCACCAGCUUGACCACAUCAGGGGGCGGAGACUCCAUCUCUGCAGACGCUACAGCCUUAACGUCAGUGUCCAUGACAUCUGACGCAUGUGCAGAGGGGCAAAAAGACAUACGGUCCCAGGGGGGCGAUUCUGACAGCCAGAGCACAGCUCAGUCCAACGGGCUGCAAAUGUCCGAGCAGCAGACCCAGGUGCAGCAGUUCCACAUCGUCAGUCACCCGGUGCUGCAGCAGAUCCAGAUCCAGCAAACGCAGCAGCAGGCACAACAGCAGUCCCAGCAGCUGGUCCAGGGCUCCAUCCAGUUGCAGCCGGCUCAGACGCUGCAGCCGCUACAGCAGAACGUACAGCUGCAGGCCUUCCAGAACCCGGCUCAGGUCCUGAUCCGGGCACCUACACUCACGCCAACUGGUCAGAUCAGCUGGCAGACAGUGCAGGUCCAGAACGCAGGUGUGGCUCAACAGCUCACGCUGGCUCCGGUUGCAUCCAGUCCGAGCGGCGGCGCAUUCACACAGAUCGCUCCUCUCUCCAUCGGAGGAACGCCCAUCACGCUGAACACGGCCCAGCUGGCCUCGGGGACGGGCGUGCAGACGGUCAACAUUGCAGGACUGAGCACUGCAGGGGUCCAGGUGCAGGGCGUCCCACUCACCAUCACCGGGGUGCAGGGCCAGCAGCAGGGUCAGGAGGGUGUUAAAGUCCAGCCUGGUCCGGUGACCGUCACCGUAGGGAACUUGACCAACGCCAGUCUGAACGCAGUGAGUCCGGAUCAGCUGGGACAAGCACAGAGUCCCUCGGAGCAGGAGGGUCAGCCAAGCAAGAGGCUGCGCAGGGUGGCUUGCUCCUGCCCCAACUGCAGAGACGGAGAGGGAAGAAACAACAACGACCCAUCGAAAAAGAAGCAGCACGUGUGUCACAUGGAAGGCUGCGGGAAAGUCUACGGCAAGACGUCUCACCUGCGAGCUCACCUGCGCUGGCACACCGGAGAGAGGCCCUUCGUCUGCAACUGGAUCUUCUGUGGAAAACGCUUCACGAGGAGCGACGAGCUUCAGCGGCACCGCAGGACACACACGGGUGAGAAGAGAUUCGAGUGUCCGGAAUGUUCCAAGAGAUUCAUGAGGAGCGACCACCUGUCGAAGCACAUCAAAACUCACCAGGGCAAAAAAGGAGGUGCUGCACUGGCCAUCCUCACCACCGAGGACAUGGAGGACGAGGUAGAGGAGGCGCUGGGCUCGCCGAGGAUCGUCACCGUCGCCUCCAUCUCGCAGGAUUCUGACCCGGCCACGCCCACGACAUCUAACAACCUGGAGGAGGAGUUCGAGUAGCUCGGGGUCCAAAUCCUCCGCUCAAAGCACCAUGUUAUAUAUCAGCUUUUAGUUGUCUGUCUUUUUGUUUUAUUUGUCUAUUUUUUUUUUUUUUCGUUCUUUUGAGAAUGGACAGCUCUUGGAGUGCAUCAACUUUUCAGAUUUUUCAUAUGGAAAUGUAAAAAAAAAAAGUUAUAAUAGAAAAUUAUAAAUGUACCAUUUGGUUUUUGAGAGACCUACAGUGAUUAUUGGAAAUGAGACGAGUUGUCGGAGAGUGUUUUAUUCACAGGAGCAUGAGGAGGGGAUCUGUCGUUCCCAGUACGCAAAUCCACUAUGAAGAGGUUUUUUUUUUUUUUCAUUUUAUUUUCUUUAGGAUUAAAUUCUGUCUCUAUGCACAAAAUUGUACAUCUUUUCUCAAAUUAUGGGAUCGACGUAUUAUCGGGAGCGAGGAGUUUGGUGUAAAUGUAGGUUUUUAACGUAAAAUAGUUUCGCGAAUGCCGUCAGACGAGAUUUGGGACUGGACAGCUCGACAUCCGAACGCCGUUCUAUACCGAGUCGAUGUUUUAAACGCCAUCCCAUCAGCAGACGACUGUUCGGUGCCAGACUUUAGAGAAACUACGUUUUAUGCAGAUCUCCAGCUAUGAAAUUAUGGAAGAAGAGACCGGACCAGACAGAACCUGACACAGUGAAACGGUCCUAAAAAGCACAAAUUGAAAAAGGAAAAAGUGAUAGAUUUAUAUUUAAACAAAAAGAGGGAAAAAAAAGAGAGAGAGAUGAUACAUUCCUAUAUGAAGAGAGGGAUGAUGAUGAUGAUGAUGAUGGUGGUGGUGGUGGUGAUGAUGAUGGUGGGAGGCAGGAAAAAAAUAAAACCAUGAGAGGCAAAUUUGGCUUCCUGAUAUUUGCUUAUCAGGUUAAAUGAAAGCAAUACUAUAAAGACAAUCCUUGUGAAACCAUGUUUACAUUAAAUAGGAGGCAGAAUAGAUUUUCUUUUAAGAAGUGAAAAAGGAAACCACAGCAAACAGCCUAAAGGUUUUUUUGCGUCUCAAAAGUCAUAUGAACUGUCUUACAAUGCCUUAACACAGAGUGAUGAGCGAGACGCUCAUGUCGGGGGGAAAUGGGAGGGAGGGAGGGAGGGAGGGGGGAUUCGGGGGUGGAAGGAAAAGCGGGUCUUUCAGUGAAGGGAUGAUGAUUUCGUGUACAGUUGCACACAGCUGACCACAUGCUUUUUUUUUUUUUUCCUUUUCUUUUUCUUUUCUAUGCUAGUAAACACUGUGGCCAGUAAGGAGACGUCAUUUUAAAAUCUCCGUUCGACUUCUGAGUGACACGUUUUUUGCGCUUCUCAGCUAAUUCCUCCUCUCGUUAGAUUAACAUCACCUUCUUCCUCAUCGUCAUCGUAUGCAUAGUGUCGGUGCCAUUAAAGAUGUCCGCUUCCUGAAUCAUUGUAGAUCUGCGGCCACCUGUUUGGCCAGUCAAGUUCUCGUAGCUCAGUUUGAUGUUCUAAUAUGUGUCUGGUGGCGUGGUUUUUUUGAUUUGUUUUUGUUUUGUUUUUUAUUUGUGGAAAUUGGAUUUGUGGAAUUUUUUGAUGUUUUAUUUUCUUAUGUCCUUUUACCUUCUUUCCCCUGGUUCUAUCUGUUACCACAGACUGUCUAAUAUCCCUAAUUUAUUAUUUAUCCUUAUUUCAAAAUUUGCCCUUUUCAAGUCGCUGAUGUGUAUCGUACGCUGUUGAGUCAGAGAUUAUGUGCAGCAUGUUUUUGUUGUUUUUGUUUGUUUGUUUGUUUGUUUGUUUUGUUUUUUUUCCCCCCCUGGUAUAAGCAAUGAAUUAUUUCUACUUGUGGUCCUUUUUAUAAACAUAACCAUAGCUUUUUAAUUUAUACAAAUUCUUCUCUCACACCCUAACAUAUUUCAGAAGACAAAAAAAAAAGAUGGAAAAAAAUUCAGAUGAAUUGUUGAUACCAAACAAUUUAGAUGUUUUUUGGUAAUAUUUUGUGUGAUGACUGAUUUUUUUUUUUUCUUUGAUAUUUUCUAGUGGCAUCUCAUUUGUAAAUCUUUUUCUAAGAUGUUUCUUUGUGUUCAUGACAUUUAAAAAAAAGUUUUGGGUUUUUUUUGGCCAGGUUAGCCUGAAAGGCUCCAGUUUAUUGAUAUUUUUAAAAAAUAACUUUGUACAAAUGUGUUAUGUUAAUGGGUAAAAAAAAAGGACAAAAAAGAGAAAGAUCUUUGCCUGCAUAACACUUGAAAUUAAAAGUGAAUAAAUCGGUCUUAAUUAUACCGUG